GCCAUCGCUCUCGGGACCCAUGAACUGGCUAGGCCGGUCCUCCACCUCAGCAAGCACCUCUUCUGCGCCCUACGCCCCUUCCAAGCCAAUCCGCAUAUCGGAGCCCAAGCUGCAAAGCGCAUUCGAUACCAUGGCCCAGCGCAGCGGGACCCUGGGCGCCGGAGCCACCGUCGUACGCACGCCGCAGGAAGCCUUGGCCGGUCCAAGGCUGGCUGAGGAUGCCGAAGACAGAGAGGACGAGUCAGACAUCGAGGCCUUGGAGGACGACGGGGACGAUGCCUCGACGUACUCGCAUUCGAUGCCGAAUAGUCCUCCCUUGCCGCCCAUCCCCGAUGACGGCGAGUCCGAGUCUGACUCGCCUACGCCAUCCACGACGUCCAUACCCUCACGUCCGACACGCCCCGUCCCGCCGCCACCCGUGUCCGAUGUAGACUCCGUCACGUCCAUCUCGAGCACUCCGAGCCUGCGCCGGCCUGCCCUCAAAGUCCUCGACUCCUUCCCUCCCGUCCCGGCGUUGCCCGCCAAUCUCCCUUCGUCACCCCCACAACCACCCUUUGAGCCUAUCCUCCUCUCCCCGCCGCCUGCAGGCAAUAUCGAUCCUGCCAAGGUCAUCGUCUCUCUGGAGACGUCGACGACAACGCUCAAGGCAACGAUGAAGACGCUUAUGUCGAGGCCUUCGGUGUUGGCGUCGUACCUCCAGACGCUGCAGCCACCGCCUGACAGCGCAGUGGAGCCAGAGACACCGGUGUCGAGGCUGAGCGAAGCCGAAGGCUCGUUCAGCACCAUCUUCCACCGGCACUUGGCUUCAUCCGGCCUCCUGCUCCCGAACUCCUCGUUUCUGCACAUUUUCCUAGACAGGCCAAGCGCCCCGUACGCCCACAUCCUCGCCUACCUGCGCACGCCCGUCUCCACGCCGGAGCACCCCUCCAUCCUCCCGCGCGCCGUGCAGCUCCUCUCGUCCUCGUCCUCGCGGCUCGAAGCGCUGCUCGAGCUGCGCGACGAGGCGCGCUACCUCGAGCUCGACGAGCUGUACAAGCUCUGCACGGACGAGCUCCGCUCGCGGCAGAGCCUCGGCCACGCGCACGCGCUGUCGAUGCACACGCGCGUCGCGAGCAGCACGAGCACGAGCGCCGCGUCCGUGCGCAGCCUCGGGCUCGGCGCGCUCCGCGAGCUGACGAUGGAGGACGACGACGGGGAGCGGCAGCAGCACCAGCAGCAACAGCGGCAGCACCAGCAACAACAGCCUGCGCGCCUCAGGAAGUCGCGCCGCCACUCGGGCGACUCGGGCAUCGCGUCCGGGAACAGCGCGUCCGGGUACAGUCCCCGCGGCAGCGUCGUCGCGGAGGUCGGCUGGCACGAGCCGGUCCCUGGGCUCGCCCAGCGGAGCAGGAGCCCGCGCAAGUACACGUCCCUGCGGGCGAAGCCUGUCGGGGAGUGGAUAUGAUGCUCGCAUCUCUACGACUUUGAUUUUUUUUUUUUUUUUUACGAUUUGUUCUAACGAUUUUCCUCACGUUAUUUUGUUUGCUCUGGGCGUACUGUUUCAGUCAUUUGUAGUAUAUAAUUGCCGUGGCAUGCCUCUCCUUACCUGCAUGUAUCUAUAGUAUUACCCACACACACACGCUCCCUCGCACUUGGUUUCGACACCAACCGUCUCGAGCUUAUGACUACUCAUCAAUGCUAAUGGAUCAAUAUGACAUAGUUGUAUCUUGUCAACAAGAGAGAAACAUCACAGGUUACUUUGGAGCCCAGAGGUCGUACAGCUCCUUGUCCGCGGGGUCAAAGCAGGUGACAAGAGCAGGGUCAGAGCGGAUGGUAACCUUUCGUGUGGCCGUCAAGGUGGCGAUGGAGCUCGUGCUCGACCUCGACUGCGUCUGCAGCGCGCUGUGAAGGCUCGGCUCGAAGAUGUUCAAGUUCGAGCUGCCAGUCGAGAUGGUGGUCGUGGGCGAGAUUUGUCCAGGCCGCAGAGGAGAGCUGUUGGCACUCGACUGCUGGUGAUGCAGGUCUGCGGCUGUGGGUUCGUUGGCAAGGCCGCCGCCGCGUACUGGAGAGUUUCCAGAGGACAUCCUGUCC